CAUUCGACAGCAAUUGGGGUACUGCCAAGACUACGUCCAAGUGUACGUCAGAAGUGAGAACGCGCACUACAAGAACGCGCAGACAAGCUGCUCCAUACUGAGGUGUGGAACCGGAGGCACGGAAGAGAGACAAGAAAUUUCUCUGUACGUCACUCGGCAAAAUCUCCAUCAUGAAACCAGAUGUGCUAGCUACAUUGUUCACUGCAAUUGCAACGCUUGUCGGAGGUGCUUGUGGAGAGCGUGAAGGACGAAAGCUUGACGAAUAUAUGCCAGAAGAGCGCAAAGGAAACGAUCUACCGAACAACAUAACUUUGCAAGUGUUCGUCAUAUGUGAUUCAACCAUAACAGCGAAGUUCUCAACGCACUACAACCUGGUGUUGUACGUUGUCAACUUCUUCAAUGCAGUGAACUUAAUAUUCCAGCAGCUUGAAAAACCAUCAAUUCGCUUGGAAGUGGUUUUGGUUCAAGAAACUAGGGACUCACGUCUUGGAGCAUGGCAAAGGGAGGUUCUGGUGUUCGAAGGGGAUGCCAUCAACGCGGAACCUACCCUCACCAAAUUGGCAAAUUAUACUCGCCAUAGACCUCAAUACAAGAGCUGUGACAUUAUAUACCUGAUGACAGCGCGUAAGGUUUUCUUCAGGUCUACGACACAAGGUUCGGUUGUGACAAUUUCAAAGCCUCCAGGUUGGGCGUUUGUGGGGAAGCUAUGCACACCGGACAAGGUUGCCAUCGGGCACGACGACGGAGUUUUCUUUACUGGUACCAGAAAUGCCGCUCGCCAGAUAGCACGAGUGAUGGGAGCCCACCUAGACGGAGUUGAAAGUGGUGCAUACGGCUGCUCUUGGAAGUCAGGCCAUCUAAUGGGUGACUUUGGGUCUGAGCUGAACCUGUCUCCUACUAGAAAUCUCCUGUCAAGCUGCAGCCAACAACUCAUAAGACAGACGCUGUCGAAAGUUUCCCGUGAUUGCUUAACGAGAAAGUAUCGCACAAGUUACAGUGACUACUCAAACAAGCUACCGGGAGAAAUAGUUAAGGAAGAUGAUUUCUGCAAGACAGUAUACUCGGGAAGUUCUACUGGGACUUGUUCUACCUGGAAGCAUCUCAUGCGUGGUAGAGGAAUACCAGAACAGUGCGGAUUAGUAUGUUGCACAAAGAAAUACUGGAUCGGCGUAUAUGACUUCAGUAUGCGAGAGUAUCCUGCGUUCGAUGGAAAAGCCUGUGGGAAAAACAAGGUUUGCAUCGUUGGAAAAUGCGUCCAGAAGUAGCCCAAGCAUCAUGGUGUUUGAAAUAAAGCGUCAAUCACA